CACUUCUCUAAUAAAACGAUUGAUAUGAUUUAUACGACGUCAUUUUACCUUGAAUCUCUCCCACUCCACGACGGAGCUCCACCAAAAAGUACCCGCCUCAGUUCCGCCUCCGACAUUCUCAAACUACUUCACCAUCCCCAAUUUCUCUCUCAACUCCGACAAUCCAUUCAUACCCAUUAAUGGAAGAAGAACGAGCUCUGAGACGCACUUCCAAUGGCGGCACUCUCCUCAAUCGUUCUCUUCUUCCUUACCCCACUGUCAGCACUACUUUUACAAUCCCUUUAACUCGAUACACUACCCGUUUGAUUACCUCCGACCGCCACCGCCCUCUAUUGGCCGAUUGUGCCGAAGAAGAUCACUCCGAUUCCGAAGAUUUCAGUCGUCGUUCCUUCAUUAGGGAGAAUUGCUCCUACUCUAUGCCCAUUCUGGUUCUCGACGUCGUCUGGAAUUUGGCCUUUGUUCUUGUCUCUAUUGUUGUUCUUCUGUCCACAUUUAAAGAACGACCCUCAACUCCUUUGCGCCUUUGGAUUUCUGGGUAUGGCUUACAAUGUCUUCUGCAUGUCGCUUUUGUCUUCUUUGAGUACCAGAGAAGUAUGGCGCACCAUGGAUUUGAGGACCGUGCGGCUCAUCGCAGCAUAAUGAAAAGGUUGGAGUCAAUGAAUACAAUGACUUCCUCGGUCUGGUGGGUCUUUGGAUUCUAUUGGAUUGUCAUGGGUGGCCAAGCACUUCUACAAGAUUCUCCCCGGCUUUACUGGUUAACCGUGGUCUUUCUUGCGUUUGACUUGUUCUUCAUUCUCUUUUGUAUUGGGAUGGCAUGUGUUAUUUUCUUCUCUCUUUGUUGCUGCAUUCCAAUUGUGGCAUUUGCAUAUGCCAUGACUACCAGAGAAGGUGCCUCGGAAGAGGAUAUUAGGACUCUUCCCAGGUACACGUUUCGUCAGGCUGCGGAACUUGGGACAGUUAGCCGUGGAAAAGAACGAGAACCAAUCGGGGCAACAGUGGAGUUAGAUAAUGGUCAUUGUAUUAAAGAACUUGCUCUUCAUCCAGAGGAUUCGGAAUGUUGCAUUUGCCUUUCGCGAUAUGAAGAUGGGACGGAGCUCUAUACUCUUCCCUGCAACCACCAUUUUCAUUGUGGGUGCAUCAGCAAAUGGCUUCGGAUAAAUGCAACCUGCCCGCUCUGCAAGUCUAAUAUCUGUCGGGGCGAUACAUUGGUUUGAUCGUCGUAAGGAGCAGACGAACCCCAGCUGAGAAUCUGAAAGUUGGCAUUUUCAAUUUCAGGUUAGUUGCUUGUUGAUCUCUGCCAACUAAUGCUUAUAGAAACAGGGGAGGGUAGAGAAUAGGAUUUUAGCUGAUUUCAACCUUUGGUAGAUGUUCAGUUUUCUCAAGGCUUUAGUUUAUAUGUAUGUAAAUUGAUAGGAAAAGGUCUUGUACCUCUAAUUUGAUUUGCUAUAUGUAAAAUUUUCCUGUAUAACUACUGGCUACUCUGUUUUGAUUUUGAAGCCUUCUUGUCAUUAGCAGUCAUGAGAAAAGUAACCGUUUAAACUCAAAA